AGGACGGCUUUUGUUAAUUAUCAGCUCAAUGCAUGUUGCGUAUGCUAUCUCGACACAAUUUGUGAAGAAAAGAGCCAAACGUCGUCGUGGUCAGAGAAUUGGAGGUGAAGACAAGAUCAGUGCAUUGCCGGACGAUUUGUUGGUGCAUAUAUUGUUGUUUCUCCACACGAAAGAUGUAGUGGCCACUAUGAUUUUGUCAAAACGAUGGCGGUAUAUUUGGACGAUGGUACCAAGACUUGGGUAUGGGUACCGAAAGAUCAAUGGUGAUACUCACAAAGUAUUUAUUGGCGGUUUAUUUGGUCGUUUACUUGGCCGUUUAUUUGACAAAAGUGAGCAGCAACAACGGUGUUUAUGGCGGUUUAUUGACAAAUCAUUACAACUCCACAAGGCACCUGUAUUAGAAGAAUUAAUGAUAGAACUCGGUCCUUCAAGAGGUCAUGUUGAUGUGGAAAAGUGGAUUGCAAAUGCUGUUGAUCGUAGGGUGCGCGAGCUAGGGUUGAAAAUCGCGUGGUCUGCGGGACCUGCCAGUUUGUCUAAGAGCCUUUACACAUGUGAUACGCUUGUUAGACUAUAUUUGUCCGGCAAGAUUCUUAUGGAUGUUCCUUCUCGGGUUUGCCUCCCAUCACUUAAAAGUAUUGUCCUUUACUCUGUGGUGUAUAAAGAUGAAGAUUCUCUUGUUAGGCUUUUAUCGAAUUGUCCUAUUCUCAAAAUUUUGUGGGUAAAACGACAUCACCACGACAAUGUGAGAAAUUUCAAUAUAACAGUCCCAUCUUUGGAACGCUUGGUAUAUGAUAAUAUUGAUUAUUUUGGAGUGCACAACGAAGGAAUAGAAGGAUCUUUGGUUAUAGAUUCCCUAGCUUUAAAGCAAAUCUUCUACAGAGAUUAUUCGGGAGAUUCUUGCUCGAUUGAGAACAAGACUUGUUUUGAUAAAGCAGCUAUCGACUUUUUUAGUUACCCUGAUGACAAGUUUAUGAGAUCUAUUUCCUCAGUCACGAAUCUCGAACUAGAUUUGAGUGUUGCAACGGCUGCAUGGUGUAACGCUAUUAACUUCUCCCAGCUUAUUGAGUGUACUGUAACACUUUUAGCUGAGUUAGACUGGUUGGAAUCACUAAUGGGAUUGCUACAAAAUUCUCCUAUUCUUGAAGUUCUUUUCAUCGACCAGACAUUCAUUCGAUUUGAAGAGGAUUUCUCACUUUCAUGGAACGAACCAAGUUUUGUUCCCGGAUGUUUCGCAGCCCAUCUCAAGAUCUUUGAAUGGAAAGGAUAUAUAGGACGACACAAAGAGAAAGAAGCCAUAAAAUAUAUCUUUGCCAACUCCAAUUGUUUAGAGAGAGUUCAAGUUUCUAUGGAAUCAACAUGCAAGCUUAAAGAUAGAGAGAAGAUGAUGAAAGAGUUAGAAUCUAUGUCUAGGGUUUCCACGUCAUCCCAACUACUUUUCUCCACUCAAUUGGAAUUUCCGAGCUUUUUAAAUGAAAUAGAUUGA